GAGUCCCAUUGUCAACGUUUAGUGGGCGGUCUCCGGUUGUUUUUGUAUCCUGUAAAUAUAUAGGAAAUUUCAUAAAAUAUUUAGUGUAAAUUAAAUAUUUUUAACCAUUAAUAAGUGAUAAAUUAAUUUAUAUUAAUUUUUGUAAUUGUUCAAAUAGUGUUUGUUUGCAGUUUAUUAUAACCUAACCUUCUAUUUGUUGAUAGCAUUUUUUUCUUUAUUAUAAAGUAUAUUUUUUCUUUGUUUCACUUUGUGUUUUCUUCUCGUAUAUAUAUAUAAUUACGUUUUUGAAAUAUCUUUCUUCAUAAAUCCAUUGUUUGUGUGAUAAAAAUAGUUUCGUUUUGAAAAAAAAAUAUAUAUCGUGCAUAUCAAUAAUUAUUGAGAAUAAUAUAUUGAGAGCAGAUCAAUCAUGUUUCGGAAAAGCAUUUUCCUUCUUGUAUUAACUUUAAUUUAUUGUGGAUUUGCUCAUGAAGAAGAUGUACAUACUGUUCAGUAUAAUGAGGAAACAUUUAAAGAAGCAGUCAGCAAGAAAAAUCACUUUAUCAUGUUUUACGCACCUUGGUGCGGUCACUGCCAAAGACUUGGUCCCAUUUGGGAGCAACUUGCAGAAAUGUUGAACGAGGACGAUGACAGUCGUGUUAGAAUUGGAAAAGUCGAUUGUACAACAGACAAUACAGUUUGUUCGGAACAUGAUGUGACUGGUUAUCCUACGCUCAAAUUUUUCAAGGCUGGCGAAUCACAGGGUACAAAAUUCCGUGGAACUCGCGACUUACCAUCUUUAACUUCAUUCAUCAAUGAACAAUUGGGCAGCAGUCCUUCAGAAGAGGAACAAAAUGAAGAAGAGGAAAUCGUACCUUCAAUUCCAGAGGCUGUGAAUGGAUUGAUAGAAUUAACUGAGUACACAUUUGACAAGCAUGUAUCGAAUGGUAAUCAUUUUGUUAAAUUCUAUGCACCUUGGUGUGGACAUUGUCAAAAAUUAGCGCCAACAUGGGACGAACUUGCCAACAGUUUGAGUCACGAGAAAUCAGUGAGCAUUGCCAAAAUCGAUUGCACUCAAUAUCGUAGCGUUUGCGGUCAAUUUGACAUUAAGGGAUAUCCCACAUUACUCUGGAUUGAAGACGGUAAAAAGAAAGAUAAAUACACUGGACAGAGAAGUCACGAGGAUUUGAAGACUUACGUGUCGACAAUGCUUGGCAAGAGUGCAGAAGGUGAUGACAGUGAAGAAAAUGAUGCCGAUCGUUUAAUUCCAUCGGUGGCUGUAUUAACCGGAGAAACAUUUGAUCACGGCGUCGAGAAUGGAAUUUCAUUUGUUAAAUUCUUUGCACCAUGGUGCGCACAUUGUAAACGAUUAGCACCAACUUGGGAGGAUUUAGGAAAGAAAUUUUCCAGCAAAGAUGGUAUAAGCAUUGCAAAAGUUGAUUGUACAAUGACACCAAGUAAAUCACUGUGUAGCGAGCAAGAAAUCGAUGGUUUUCCAACUUUAAUUUUAUAUAAAGAUGGAAAGAAAAUUUCCGAGUACAAUGGAUCGCGUAGCUUAGACGAUCUCUAUGAAUUUGUCAUGAAUCAUUUACAAGCACACGAUGAACUGUGAUUUGCUUCCUAUAAUCAAUUUUUUUAAAAUUAUUUUAAUGCGUGUACAAAGUCAGUAUUUUAUGAAAUAUUUUGAUCGUCAAUGACCCGAAUUUUUUGUUUCCAGAUACAAAAAAAAAAAAAAAGAUUUGCUAUAGGAAUAAAAAAAUACAGUUUUUUUAUUGAUGACUAACAGAUUUCUUUUCUUUUUUUUGAAGUGAAAUUUUUAAGAUAUUUAAAAUUUUUAUCUCCGUGUACUUAGAAUUUUAUUUACAGUGAGAAAGAGUUUGUGUAGCGUUGUGUUAGAAUAUUUAUUGAUGUCAAUUUUUGUGACGUUCUUCCAGUUCUUAUUUUGUCUUGUGUCAUGUCUUCAAAAAAAAGAUAAAAAUAUUAAAGUGUAUUUUACAAUAUAUUUUUUUCUUCUUGCUGGAAAUUAAUUAUUUAUUUCGAGAGAGAGAGAAAAAAAAUAUUUGCCAUAAGGAGAAAAUGAAAACAGUGUGAUUUAAUAUUUAUGUUAUAUUUUACAGUUACAAUCUGUAUUACAUUUAUACAUUAAUUUCAUGUACAAGACAAAUUCCAAUGUGCAAUGAAGAUAUUUACAAUGUUAGAAUGCAGAUUUUUUAUACUCUAUUUUAUAUCGGCAUUUUUCAAGAAUUUUUCAAUUUAUCCUAAUUUUUCCAUUUUUCAAUUUUUACAUUUUAAUUUUUUUCCUCCUAUUGACAAGUAAAGUCAAAAUGAUAAAUUUUUUUUGUCAUUUUUUUCUUUUUAUUGAAUAUAUAUCAAGUUUCUGGAAAUUUGCCGAUAUAAUUUUUCGAAAUCACAUAAAAGUCUUAAACUUCCAAGAAGA